AGGUGUGUGUUGAGGGUUGGUUGAGGGCGACGUCAGGAACUCAGGAAAGAUGGCAUCCGGCGUGCUUAAGAGAGUGCUGAUAUGUGUUAUAUUCUUAUGUUCAUUAAAUUUGUCAGGCAUAGCAGCGAAAAGCAUGUUAAGAGAGCUAAAUGAAGACAACUGGGAUGAAAUGCUGACGAAAGAAUGGAUGGUUGAAUUUUAUGCGCCCUGGUGCCCUGCCUGCAAGGCCCUCCAACCUGCCUGGGAAGAAUUUUCAACAUGGAGUGAAGACCUUGGCAUAUCUAUUGGGCAGGUGGACGUGACAGCUUCACCAGGCCUCAGUGGGAGAUUCAUGGUGACUGCAUUGCCUACAAUUUUCCAUGUUCUAAAUGGAGAAUUCAGGCAGUACAGAGGUGCAAGGGAUAAAGAAGCCUUCAUUUCAUUUAUCGAAGAACAGAAAUGGAAAAAGAUUGAUCCAAUUCCCAGCUGGAAAAGCCCAGGCUCCUUUCAGAUGUCAGUUGUAUCCUACUUCUUCAAGUUGUCACAGGUUCUGAGGGCUCUCCAUAACAAGCUAAUGGAAGAUUAUGGACUCCCUACAUGGGGCUCAUAUUUAAUCUUUGCUGUAGCGACCAUCUUUCUUGGAGCAAUGUUGGGGCUGAUGCUUGUCUGCGUUAUUGAUUUCAUUUAUCCUCCAAAACCUCUAGUGGUAAAAACUGUGACAGUUGGUGAUGUUAAAAAAAAAGAUUUAAUUACACCUGAUAGCAAAGAUAGAACUAGUGGAGAUGAAAUGGAAGAAGAAGAUGAUGAUGACGAGGACAUAAAAGAUGAUAUUGUGGAUGAUGACGAGGAGGAAGAGGAAGAAGAGGGAAUUGAAUCACAAUCCGACUCUGAUGUAAGAGAAGAAGGCAGCCCCAAUGUCCGAAAGCGCAAGCCACGUAAAGCUGACUAGGCUAUGAAUAACAUUUUGUGAUUUACUGUUCAUGGAGCUCUCUGGCUCCAAGAAUGCAGCGUGUAUUGUUGAGACUACAUGUUACCACUAUGACCAUUCAUAAAAAGCAUUGUUGUUAAAAGGCUGUGUGCUGAAGAUUUUGCAAUAUUAGAGUGGGACUUUUUACGAUGUUCAGCAAGCUUCAUCACAGGCCUGUUAUCAGGUUUUUAAAGGAAGCAUUAAGACUGGCAUAGUAUGUAAUAAUUUGUUGUUGACAUAAUGUGAUAAAUUAUGGACCAGUCUCCUCAUAUCAUUUGAGUGAUCUGAUAAAAAGCAUGCAUUUUGAAACUGACAAGAAUUCAAAGUCCAAAUGUGCAACUACAAAAUCACUUCAGAAAUUCAUUUUUUGUGAGAUACAAUAAGUGAAAGAUAAUCACAAUGUGCUACUCCAGUCAUUUAUGAAUAGCAGGUCUAUGUAUUCUGCUCUUUUUUUCUUAAUGUGAAAGUUUCCAAUCUAAAACAAAUUUUGUCUCUUCAUGUAUGUAUCCUGCACCACAAUUCAGAUGCUUAUUUUUGUGUUUGCUUACAAGCAAAGGUUAUCACCCUGUGUGCAACGCAGACAGUCCAGAUUAUAAUGAUAAUGUAUAACGCAGAGCUCUUUCUGCCUAUACGUGGGAUAAAAGUGUUUUCCACUAACUGCGGUGGAGCACUGAUCUCAAGCUGCAAAUUCUGAAUGUUUAAAAUUGCCUUAUAUGCUAAGGUUUCUGGUUGUGCAAGUAGGUACUGUGUGUGUGUGUGUGUGUGUGUGUGUGUGUGUGUGUGUGUGUGUGUGUGUGUGUGGGGACACGCGAGCGAUGCUUGUCAACAGAGUUGUGUAGGAUAUUUUUGUACUGAAGUUGAGAAAUUAUGUAGUUCUAUUAACUAUUGCUGUAAUUAAUGACUUGCGUUCGUAUAUGUUAUGAUCCAUAUAAAGGAGCCACUGAGUCGCAGACAGGCACAAUGAAAAAGACUGAUAAAUUAUUAAAAGUAUUUGCACAAAGUUCUUCUGCAGUAGAAAGCAUAUACACAUUCAUACAAACACAACUGACACACAUGACCAGUCUCAGGGUGCUGGAGACCACCUUUGUCUAAAAGCUUUAAUAGUUUACCAGCCAUUUUCAUUGUUCCUGUCUGCAACUCGAUGCCUCCUCUGUAUGGUGAGUUGCAAUUUAUCCUUCCUGUAUUGUUGUCAUUCUAUCGUGGACUUUCCAUUGUUUGAUUAUGAUUGAUAGAGCUGAUACAGGAUCAUGGGAGACUGGAAGUGACCCAAUGAAUAAAACACUCCAAAUAAAAAUUAACAGAAAAUGAAUGAGGACAAAAAUAAUGUAAGAGAAAAACCUAUCAACUGAAUAAGUUAUAAUUAUAUGCAGUAACAGAUUUAUUUAAAAUUCAUUAAACAAUAACUAUCACUUUUGGUACAAUUUUUAAGGGUAGUUUAGUCUACUUUCUUGCAACAAAGUUUGGCAUUUAACAGCACCAUUGCCAGACAACUGCUUGAUAAGUAAAUUUGCAUUUGGAGUGAUCUUACAGACCUCAUGAUACAGAUCAGAUGGUGCAUGGCAUUUGCUCGUGACAUUUAUUGCUAUUUGGGUGUGAUCACGCCUCCCCUUCCCCCUCUGCUCUGGCUGUCUGCCUCCUGCGAUGCAGAAGUAUAUGCUAUAACAAUUUCUUUAUCCAUUGUAGUAAUGUGGUCAUUGUUGUGUUAGUCACUGAUUGCUGGUUAUAUUUUUCCACAACUUCUUUCUAAUGUAAGAAAUUUAAAAUAACAAUAUUUUUAGUCCAAAAAUGAUGUGAAUGAUAAAACGCUUUAAGUAAGUGAGGGCAAAUAAAUGAGGUUGUACUGUGAAUUCUGUUUUGUUUGUGGACUGUUGAUAGAAGAAUUUAAUAAAUUUUUUGUGCAAAACAUAAUUUGUAAAUAAAUUAUGUCAUUACGGCAA